CCUAAACAGCAAGCCGUACCAACAAGCUAGAUGUCUUGGCUGAGAUUAAGUGUGUUUAGACAAUAUUCUCUGCUAAGAAGAGUGACGUGGGGACUCGCGGAGUUUCCCUUCUGCUGCUCUCCCCACGCAGGCACCUACGCUGGGGGUAGUCCAAAGUUUGGGCUCGGUGGGCGGAGCUAGAUGGCGGUGGGAACUGCAAUUGGCGGCUUUGAAGGCGCAGCAAGCGGGAACAGCUGCUGAGGAGCGAGAAAGUUGGCGAUGUGGGCCGUUCUUCAGCGGUGUAGAUCUACAGGAAAGUUACUUAAAAGGGCUUUUUGUCAUGCGUUCAUUCAACAGAUGUAUCUUGAGCACCUACUAUAUGCCAGCUUUAAGAGGACCAGUAAGCUAUCUCUGAAGAUCAUUGCCCUGUCUGUUGCUUUGGGAGCCACACCAGAUUUGGGGUACAAGACCUUUUGGACAAUUGAAGAAUCUCACCUUCGGGCAUGGGACAGGAAAAGUAAGGUAAUAAAUAGCUCCAUGUUAACUGGCAACGCAUUAAAGGAGAAAGAGGCUGCAACCCUCCACCUCCAGCUCUUAUUAUGUCCACUCUUUCAGGAGAAUUGUGUGAGUCUCAAUGACGCAGCCCUUUUAGACAUCAUUUAUACUCAGUUUCACCGGCACCAGAGAGUUUGGGAUGUUUUUCAGAUGGCUAAAGAGCCAGGUGAAGACAUUGACCUUACCGAUAUGGAACAGUUCAAAAGUUCAUUUAAGAAAAUUCUUCAGAGGGCAUUAAAAAAUGUGACAGUCACCUUCAGAGAUGCUGAGGAGACUGCAGUAUGGAUUCGAAUUGCCUGGGGAACACAGUAUAGAAAACCAAACCAGUACAAACCUUCUUACGUGAUGUAUUAUUCCCAGACUCCAUAUGCCUUCAUUUCUUUUUCCCGGUUGAGAAGCAAUACACCCCUUCUGUGUCAGGCACUGACAAUUGCUAGCAAACACCACCAGAUUGUGAAAAUGGAUCUCAGAAGUCGCUAUCUUGACUCUCUUAAGGCUAUUGUUUUUAAACAGUAUAAUCAGAACUUUGAAACUCACAACUCUACUACACCACUACAAGAAGGAAGACUUGGGCUAGAUAUAAAUAUGGAUUCAAGGAUCAUUCAUGAAAACAGAAUAGAAAAAGACAGAGUCCAAAGAGUGACUCAAGAAAUUUUUGGAGACUAUCCUCAACCAAGACUAGAAUUCGCACAAUAUAAGCUUGAAACAAAAUUCAAAAGUGAUUUAAAUGGGGGCAUCUUGGCUGAAAGAGAAGAACCCCUCCGGUGCCUAGUAAAGUUCUCUAGUCCACAUCUUCUGGAAGCACUGAAAUCCUUAGCACCAGCCGGUAUUGCAGAUGCACCACUUUCUCCACUGCUCACUUGCAUACCCAACAAGGGAAUGAAUUAUUUUAAAAUUAAAGAUAAAUAAGAUGUAUGUGGUUUUGUAAGCAUAGCAUCUCCUUGACUAUGUUGCACAUCUAUUUCAAUUAAUGACUUACUGGAUAGCUUCUGUCUAAAAACUUGUGUUUUAGAAAUUAACCCUUGAUAUUGACAAUUUAGAAAUGUUCAAUAUGAUUGUUGGGAAUGAUUCUUUCCUCUUACCUCGUGUGCUCCCCCUCCCCCAUAUCCUGCAUAGCAUAGCAGCUGUGGGCCUUUAAGAUGUGACAGGAUGUCCUUUUUCUCAUUCCUGUCUCUCCUUGAUCCUGGAGAGAUCUAGUUCCAAUUGUUUGAUUUUCUUGUAAGCCUUGGAUCAUAGAAAGAAGCACCAAGAAACUAUACCCAACUCAAAAUUUUCUAGGAGAAUCAUAAAAUUGGUCCAUUCAUAGGGUAGAGUUGGGUGCACUGAGUUAUUAUUGCAGAAGAUAGCAUAUCAGAUGAUUCAGAUAUAUAAAAUAAUGGUUUUGUUGUAAAUAUGACACUUUUAAUAAUCUAUUUUAUCAUACAUAUGGCAUUCAAACUGACCAAUAUUAUACUUAUUUGUGAAUAAAGAUAUUAAAAAACUGGUACAUCAGUUACUUUUGAUGAAAAUCAAAAAGAGGCUUAAUGUACAAAUCUAUAAAAACAAUCAGAAAAAAAGGCUUAAAGUAUGCUUUAUAAUGUAGUGCUAUUUUCUACAGAUUGUAGUUAUCCUAUUUGGAAAAUAUGGUUUUAGAUUUAAUUAGCAAUAGCAAAGACACUAGUUAUCUCAGAGUGAGGCUCUGAGUUCAUAGGGCUUAAUAAUGCUAAUUUCCUUGUAGAACAUAAUCAUGGUUUAGAGCGUCUGUCCCUAUGUGCGCACACUAGGCAGGCACUUACGCUAGGUGCCUGAAUGCCUGCGUUAGGCCGUGCAUGUUCCUAGGUUGGUUCUCACCAGCUCAUAGUCCUCCCUGGUACUUAGAGGGAUGUGCAACUGGAGCCUGAACAAUAAGAUGCUAAUGGUAUUAUCCAGCCUAUUAGUGGAAUCACUUGAGGCUGUACCCUGAGGCCCUGCCAGACUGAGGCUCCUACUUAAGGAAAUGGGAAUACAAGGAGCUCUUAUCUAUUAUGUGCUUGAUGGUUCAGAGACACAUACUGUAUUCAAAUGGAGUCUUGUGAAGAGAUGGAGCAGUAAAUGUAGAUCCAAAGAUCUCUACAAUGAAAGGAAUAUACUGCCUAGUGUAAAAUCAGGUAAAGGAGUUGCUUCAGAGCAAUCCAGUGAGAUUUUCUAAUUUUUCCUAAUUAGGAAUCUACCUAGCUUUACAUUAGGUAGGGUCUCCAAAACUAUUCAGCUAACAUUUACUGAGCACUUAACUAUGUGCAGGUUACUGUGCUAAGUAUUUUAUGUGCAUUAUCUUAUUUUCAUAACAAUCCAAUAAGGCAGGCAGCAUUAUUAUUGGGUUGUCGGAAAAGUCAUGACACAUUUUUGCAACGAAAAACAUGGAAAAAAAUAUGUCAUGAUGUAAGGAUCUCGGCCCGGACCCUAGGCCAGACAGACUCACGUUAAAAAUUAUACUUCAGCUACUCCCAUAGACUCUAAAAAACUAACAGCUCCUUUUUGCUUCUGUAUACCUGCUCUGCUUCUGCCGGGGAAUAAAAGGUUAAAGAAAAGACAUUCCUCAGUUCCCCCUUCCUCCCCUUGCUUCUAUCUUAACAUAUCAAAAGGCCUCACCGCAAUUAACUCUCCCCUCGCUUUUAUUUUAACAUAUCAAAAGGACAGUUGGCUCCCAUGGCCCCUAUCUUUAUACUUCAAAGGUGUUUUCAAGUUUAGGGGACAGGCUGUGUGGUCAGCUCAACCCAGUUACGAUAUACUGUUAAAACAUCUGAACAUAAAACAGCACUGUUGUGAUAGCGGAAUGCUGUUUUUACUGGAAUAACUACACGUUCUUUUUAAAUUCUGUAACUUACUUUGCAUAUAGCCCUGCCUUA